CGCGUUCGGGCGUCUAGUACAGCGGCCGGGCGGGGGAAGCGCCCUGUCGCGACAGAGCGGUCGUAUCGCGAGCGGAGGCGGGCGGAGGUUGAACCAUGGAGACCACCAAAGAGCUCAUGUCCCUCUUUGAGGUCAGCAACAACAAGCUGAUGAAGUUUCUGCUCAACGUGGAGAACAGGGACCUGGUGUGGCUCCAGGAAAUUGAGCAGGAGGCCAUGAAGAUGUUCUCCAGUGACUUCAACACUGAACCCGAGCUGAUGCCCAAAACCCCAUCGCAGAAGAAUCGCCGCAAGAAGAAACGGUUUCCUUCCAUUCAGGAUGAAAACAGAGACCCAACCAGGAAAAGGUUGUCCAAAAAGCGAAACCGGAGGCAAAGUUCUACCAAGCGCCGUCAGAGUAAAGAGGAGUUGAAUAAGCUCACCUUGGCGUUGGCGGGCGAGAACGCCCCUUCUCCCCGGGUGACCCGAUCGAAAGCCGCCUUGCUCCCCGAGUCGCCCACGGUCCCCAUCCCAAAGCCGAAGAACGUCCUGCUGCCCUUUGUGGAGAUCAGCAACAGCGUCCGCCGAAGCGCCGAGCUGUACCUGAAGGCCCAGAUGGCCAGGCUGGAGGACUCCCCCGGCGUCAUCGAGAUCGUGGCGGAGGACGUGGCGAGCCCGAAGGAGCAGGGGGGCGAGAGACUCGAAUCGGUAACCGGGGCCUCCCUGGCGGGCCUCCCCGAGGCCCCGGAGAAGAAGGCGGCGGGAGAAGGGCGGGCGGCCUCCAAGCUCAAAAUCGCCAAGGCGGGGCCGUCUCCCCCGGCGGCCUUGCCCGGGGUCCCCCCCGGCGGGGCGGCAGACGGUUGUCCCCGUUCCCCGGAGCGGGGCUGGGAUCCGGAGGCCGAGCCCGCUCCGGACGGCGCGGAGACCCCCCAGACGCCCACGGGCUCCAGGUCGAACCGGCGGUCCGUGCGGCGGAGCCUGGUGGGCCGCCCGUCCCAGGCUCAGCGCGGCAGGACCUCCUUGGCCGAGAAGUACUCGCUGGUCGCCAAGAGGGAGAGCGGGAUCCGCAGGUCCAUCAGCAGGUCCACCAGCAAGAAGAAGGCCGCCCGGGAGUCGGCCGUCGCCAACCGCGUCGUCUGUCACAGCUACUUAGAGAGACUUCUGCACAAAGACGUGCCCGCACAAGCCAGGGCCGAAGAAGAGCCGGGGGAGGAACCCGAACCUGCUAAGGAGGCCGAGAAGGAGGAGCCUGAGGGCACCCGGCGCACCCUGCGCUCUCGUACCGCCAACAAGAUCGCCAUCAGCACACCAAAGGCCCAGCUCGAGGCCAGCGACAAAGAGGACUCACCAAGCAAAAAGGAACAGCUCCAGGAGCCUCCUCAGACCGUAAGGAGGAAGAGGAGCUACAAGCAGGCCGUGGAUGACCUCUACGAUGGCCAGCAGCCGGAGGAUGACGAGCCUUCCCCUCCUAAGAGCAAGGCCCCUUCCCCACCCUACCUGGCCAGCAAGGUUGUGCGUCCCCACAAGACCUUCCUGCACACGGUGCAGAGGAACCAGCUGCUCAUGACUCCCACCUCGGUCAGCCGCAGCAGCGGCAUCAAGUCCUUCAUCAAACGCAACACCCCCCAGCGCGUGGACCCCAAGUGCAGCUUUGUCGAGAAGGAGCGCCAGCGGUUAGAGAACCUGAGGAAGAAGAACGAAGCCGAGGAGCAGAGAAAGCUGAAGGUGGAGGAGGAAAAGCGAAAGCGCCUGGAGGAGAUGAAGCUGAAGCGGGAGGAGCGACUUCGCAAGGUGCUUCAGGCCCGGGAGCGGGUGGAGCAGCUGGAGGAGGAGAAGAAGAAGCGGAUCGAACAGAAGUUUGCUCAGAAUAACGAAAAAGCCAAGGAGGAACGGCAGGCUGAAGAGAAGGCCAAGAAAAAGAUAGCGGCCAAGAAGAUGGAAGAGGCCGAGGCCCGGAGGCGGCAAGAAGAGGAAGCCCGGAAACUGAAAUGGCUGCAGCAAGAAGAGGAAGAACGCAGAUACCAGGAGCAGAAAAAGAGGGAGGAGGAGCAGGAAAAAGCAAGGAAAAUCGCCGAGGCCAAGAAGCUGGCAGAGCAGCGGCAGGUGGAAUUGGAGAGAGAGCGGGAGCGGCAGCGACAGCGGGAGCAGCAAUUAGCGAUGGAGAGGGAAUUGGAGCGCAGAAGAGAACAGGAGCGGAUCCAGGCGGAAAGGGAGCGGGAACGUCAGGAGAAAGAGAGGACCCUGAGACUGCAAAAAGAGCGUCUCCAGAAAGAACUGGAAGAAAAGAAGAAGAGGGAGGAGCAGCAGAGACUGGCUGAGCAGGAGCGGCAGCAGCAAGAGCAGGAGAGGAAGAGGAAACUGCAAGAAGAGCAAGAAAAGAAGGCCAAAGAGGAGCAAGAAAAGAAGGCCAAAGAGGAGCAAGAAAAGAAGGCCAAAGAGUCAGAAGCAACAGCUGCCGCUGGCCACAAAGGACUGAACGUGACCAUUGAGGUGCAGUCUCCGGUGUGCAACUCCUACCAGAUGACCCCCCAGGGCCCGAAGGUCCCCAAGCUCCCCAAGAUCAAUCCGAAUAACUACGGGAUGGACCUGAACAGCGACGACUCCACGGACGACGAGAGUCACCCCCGCAAGCCCAUUCCCGCGUGGGCAAGCGGGACCCUGCUCAGUCAGGCCGUCAUACGCCAGUACUACCACCCCCCGGACGUCGACCAGAUGUUUGGCUUCAUUUCCAACCCUAAACUGGAGGACAUUUUCUACCAGAACAAACCAAAAUACCACAAACGCACAAGCUCCGCUAUCUGGCACUCUCCCCCUCUGCAGGGCACCAGAUCGGCCCUGGGCCUGAAGAAGUACUGAGGAGGAGAGGGCCCUCAUUAGCCUGUCAGUGUGUCUCUUUCUCCCUGUGGAUUUCUGUGUGUAAGAAGAAUUCUGUUGUACAUAAAUUCUAACUUCUUUUAACCUGUAGACUUUUUUUUUUUA